AUGGAAAUCGAUUCAUCAAACCAAGAAAAAAGCACUGGAUCGAGUGGUGGCAUUAAGGCCAUUACCGGGAAGUUUAAGGCCAAUGUGGUGGAAAUUGUAGAGAAAACCAAGAAACUCGGACAAGAUGAUCCGAGGAGAGUCGCACACUCUGCAAAGGUGGGACUAGCUCUCACAUUAGUGUCCUUUUUCUACUAUUUCAGGCCUCUCUAUGAUGGCUUUGGACAAGCAGGAAUGUGGGCAAUCUUAACAGUUGUGGUUGUUUUUGAAUUCACAGUUGGUGGAACCUUAUCGAAGUGCCUUAACAGAGGUUUUGCAACAUUGCUAGCAGGCGCUUUAGGGAUCGCAGCUGAAUACUUGGCCACCCUCUGUGGAGAGAAAGGAGAGCCUGUUCUUCUUGGAAUUCUAGUGUUCAUUAUAGCUGCAACAUCAACAUUUAUGAGGUUUUUUCCAAAUAUCAAGAGGCGAUAUGAUUAUGGAGUCUUGAUAUUUAUACUAACGUUCUCACUGGUGGCUGUAUCGGGCUAUCGAGUGAGCCAAAUUAUCCAGCUUGCUCAUCAAAGGCUGUCCACAAUUCUCAUUGGUGCCGCAACCUGUAUUGUAAUCUCCAUAUUCAUAUGUCCAGUUUGGGCGGGUCAAGAUUUGCAUAAUCUGACUGCUACUAAUAUAGAAAAACUUGCUAGCUUCUUAGAAGGUUUUGGAGAUGAAGGUAGCGUAGUUGCCUCCAAAGAUGACAAGUCUUUUCUUCAAGGAUAUAAAAGCGUGCUAAAUGCAAAGGCUACUGAGGAAUCCUUGGCAAAUUUUGCGUGGUGGGAGCCGGGUCAUGGUCGCUUCAAGUUUCAUCAUCCAUGGAAUCAAUACUUGAAGAUUGGAGUCCUUGCUAGAGAAUGUGCAUGUCAUAUGGAAGCACUUAGUGGCUACAUACACUCCAGGCCACAGGUUCCAUCAGAGUUUUACGGAAAGAUUCAUCAACCUUGCGUAAAAAUAAGCUUAGAAUCUGGCAAGGCUCUAAAAGAGUUAGCUGCUGCAAUUAAGAAUACGAUACAUCCAUGUGAUGCUGAAACCCAUGUAAAGAAUUCCAAAGCAGCUGCUAAUGAACUCGAAAGCAUUCUAGAAAAUUCCUCAUUGCUAUCCAUACAAGACGAUGUUCAAGAAAUCGUGCCAGCACUCGUUGUUGCAUCGAUACUAAUAAAUAUCAUCAAUUGUGUCGAGGAAAUUUCAGAUUCCAUUCAUGAACUCUCUGAAAAGUCGCAUUUCAAGAAUGCAAAUUCACCUGAGAAACAACAGCAAAAGCAAUUGCUUCACCGUGGAAUUGUGAAACCUAUUACUGAUGAUAGUUGCGAUCAUGUUGUAAUCGAGAUACAUGGCACAAGUGAGGACAACUCGUCUGUUCCAGCAACAAAGAAAGACGAAGCAGUUCAUAUGUAA